GUUCCUAUGGUAACGACACUAUACGAAUAAUAACCCACUACACUGAAAGCACGCGAAAAAAGUAUUGUAGUGUAGUCAAAUUAAAAGAGAAUAAGACAAUAUAUUGCUUGGCAAGAGAACACGCAGGGAAAUGCUUCAGUUAUCUAGAGAAUACAAGCCCACACACUUCGUAAAGCCUUAUUAUUCAGAUGGGUAUGGAAGUAGGUCGAUUGGUGAGCCGGAUUGGAGGCCGCAUCCAAGAAACGCACUAUCCGACCCCAACACGUUACCCAACACCAAAAUGGGCUCUAGUGUUCAAGACUGGCCAAGCAUUAGAUUGACACCUCAACUUAGACCAGUAAGAACUCAAACAAGAAGAUUGAGUGAUACUAUUGAGACAGUCAAAGCAGUGGAUCCACCACCAAGAACUCAACCUUUCUCAUCUCAAGAAAAUAAAAGAAGUGUUGUCAAAGAGCAAGAAUUGUCCAAUAGUUAUGAAGACGAGAGAUGCAUUUAUAGACGACCAAUGGAGCUUACUCUUAGCAAGGCSAUGGGUAUUAAGAAGAGAGGUUAUUGUCCAAGAAACGGUCUGCCAGUCAUUGCCAUGGGAGACAAAAGCUAUCAGAUUCCAGAAUAUUCCAGAGAAUUCCACAAACAUGGAAGUACUAGACCUACUGUUUCUUUUGGUGGAUUAACAAGAUGUAUUCCUGAUACAUUUGUACCACUACAAGAUCUACCUCUACGACCAAGGCAAACAUUUAGAGCAAAACUWAGAAAAAUCCAAAAAGAGCAGGAAAUCCAGGAAGUGUUGUCACUAGACACRUGGAAACCAGCACCUAUACUAGCAUCAUCACUUCAUUUACCAUUGCCUGUCUCACAUUUUUGAGUGAUAGUGGACAGUCACUUGGUGUUGUCAUUCAAGACAAACUGAAUGAUCUCUAAUACCAUGUUAUUAGAUUACCUGCACUAAAUCAAUGAACCACCAAAAAAAUACUACUAAAAUGGUGGGAACUAUGAUCAUUUAGCACCUAUUAUUGCAUUGUCCAUAAAARUGAUGAAAGAGUAAAAACAAUUGAAACUACGUAUGUGACCCAACAUACUUUUCAAAGAUUUAAACUGGGAGUGUGUGAGCUGGUCUGUACAGCCCACUCCAAUAAAGACAUGUGAUUCUCAUCACACAACUUUAUCUGGAUUGUAUUUAAGAGGACGCGUUCAGGGAAAAAUAAUACGCAUCAUGUAAUGAUGUAAUCUUUACAUACACUAUUCAUACCUGUGGCAUGGAAAACUAUCAACACAUGUCCAAGUUUUGUAAGCUAUUUUACAAAGAGAAAAACAGAUUUCAUCAUUUUUAAUGUUAGAAUAUUUUUACAAACUUUGUAACAUAUUGUACAAAUAAAAAUAAUUAUGAAAAAUAUGCUUUGUAUAAAAACAAUUCAGAAAUAUAAAUAAAAUAUUAAUAAAUCUUUGACUUGCAUUUUUUUUGAGAAAAAAAUUGAUAUGUGAAUAUCUAGAAAUGUUUGAUAUUAUAAAAAUAAAUUUGUACAAACAUUAAGGUUUUGAAAAAUGCCGACGUUCAACGGUAAACUGGUAUCCAAC